UGGAACCUUAGAGGGAAAGAGAAAACGGAAGUUAUCCACGAUUAAUGGAAAAGUAGAAUUGAGUAACUAAAAUUGAAAAUUUUGAAGGGCAUAGGCGGAGAGGUGGAUAAAAAGUAGUGUCUUUUAUUUGCCAUCCGCUAAAUAACUGGGACUUGAGGCAGAAGCGGAAGCGGAAGCGAGGUGAUUUACUAGUGGUUUCCAGUAUAUUUUUUGAAGAAAUGAAAGCCCUCCAAGUUCUAUAUCUAGAAAGCGUCAGUUUCUCACCCAUAGGAUUCCAUUCCUUACCAAAUCUUAAAACUUUGUGUUGUGUGGAUUGCGAGCUGGAAAACUUCUCAUCAUCACUGAAAAAUAUGAGAAGCCUUGAGAUUCUUGCAUUGAUUGGCACUAAAAUUGAUGAGAUAAGUGAAGAAUUAGUGAAAUUGUCUACACUGAAAUAUUUACGUCUUUCUGGUGUUGAAGUUGAAGAAGAAAUGAAUAUCCCCCCAAACUUAGUAUCAAGGUUGACUUCACUGCAAGAGUUACAUGUCGUAAGCAAAAGCAAUAUCAAUUUAUUGGAGUUGAAUUCAUUGUCUCGUUUAACUGCAUUAUCAGUGAUACUUUCCACUAAUCAAAUUUCACAAGAAUAUUUUGUGUUCCCUAAACUACAAAGGUAUGCUAUAGUUGUAGAUGACUGUUAUACAUAUUUGAAGGCACAAACCCUUAAAACAGUGACAAUUGCAAACUUUUCAUCUUCAUUAACUGCAUUUAACAGUUUAUUUUGCAAUGUGAAAAAGUUGAAGUUAAGGAAUGUGAGUGGACAGAAGAACAUUGUGCCAAGCAUAGGUAAAACGGGAGUAAAUGAGUUGACUUCUCUGAAGCUUGCAUCUUGCAAGGAUAUGGAAUUCUUGAUUGAUAUAACAAGUGAUCAGGGGCCAACUGUUGUAUUCUCUAAUUUGGUGAAAUUAAAUGUUCACAACAUGGUUUCUUGGAAAGGGUUGUGUUAUGGUCUUUCUCGAUCCCAUCGUGCAAUUGCAAGCCUUACGAGACUAAGGGUUGUGAGAAUUGGAUCUUGUCAUCAACUGAAAACAAUCUUCUCACCUUGCCUUGCUCAAAGUAUGCUGUAUAUAGAAAAACUCUUCAUAUUUCAGUGCGAUGGAGUAGAGCAAGAAAUUGGUUUUGCCCAAGAAGACGAAAUUCCUGAGAAUGAUUGUGGUCUUUGUUACUAGCCGAAAUUGAGAAUUCUUCACAUACAGUCUUGGCAAAAGUUUGAAAUAUGUUUGUGCAAGCACUUCGACUCAAGGGCUUCAAUCCUUGGAAUUUCUUCACAUAAGUCAUUGUCCUCAAUUUAUGCAAAUAUUCAACAUGGAACAAAAUGAGAAUGGGCAAGAUAUUGUGCUUCCUGGAUUUAGAUCACAGAAUUAUUACUGGCCAAAAUUGAAAACUCUUCGAAUAAUGGAUUGCCCAAUAUUCUCAUGCUUCAUUGUACAAGCUCGGCUCCUGGAGAGAUUGGUUAUUAGUAACGUGGGAACCAUAUGGAAAACUGAUGUCCCUGUAUUGAAUGAAGAUUGUAUAGUAGUUGGGAAUCAUGAAGAAGUAUUUCAAGUUCAAGGUGGGUACUCGUUCUCAAGGAUAAAAGAAUUGGACUUGAAGAAUUUAUUUGAAGUGCGGAUUAUAUGGAAUGAUUUUGCCCAAGUUGUAACCCUUGAGAACCUUACAACUCUAAAGUUGAGAGAUUGCAAGAAGUUAAGAUGUAUAUUUUCACCUGCAACGGCUCACAGUUUAUCGCAUUUGGUGACUCUUUUCAUCGAGGGGUGUGAGGAAAUAGAACGACUCAUUUUAGCCAAGGACCAAGUUUCUUCUUCAUCAUCAUCAAAUGGUGAUACUGGCCUCCCACCUAUAAGCUUUCCAAAUUUGACUGAUAUCACAGUUAGAAAUUGUGGAAAUUUGGAAAUUUGAAAUUGAAAAUGAACUCUAAAUUGGAAGAAGUGUUCGAAUUAGAAGAUGAAGUGGAAGUGACAGCUGAAAAGGAGAUGAUUUUUGAUAAAUUAGAAUGGUUAUCACUUGAAGAACUACCAGGCCUCAUUCACUUCUGUCCCAAAGGAUAUCAUUUUGUAUUGUCAGCAUUGAGAGUUUUGACAAUAAGAGAUUGCCCUAAGUUAACUACUGGUUUCUUCAUUAAUUCACAGGAAUUUGUGCAUUGCAAAACAAAGAUACCGAUCCUGCAACCCUUUAAUCCUACUUUAUUCUAAGUAGUUAUGACAAUUACAACAAAAAGGCAUAACAUGCAAAAAUUUUACUUAAAUUACUUAACUGAUCUUGUAAAUUAUAGGAAAAUAUCACUUUAUAAAGAAUAUAUGUGUUUCUUAUUUUUCCUUGAUGA